AUGGAUGAAAUAAAUCAGAGUGAAAAGCAAGUAAGGACCUCAGUAACUCCUUCUAAAGAGGAGAGAAAUUCUUGACCAACUCCUAAAAAGAUCAAAGAGACUAAAGUGCCAUUAUUCUUAGCUUUUGAUGUCUAUGAUUUCGCGGUUUACUGAAUGAUCAUAUUUCAUAUCCUUAUUAAUCCAUACACGAAGAGUCAUGAAACUUCUUUCGUGAAUACACUGCAUACCUACCUAGUUGAAGGAAUUGGAAAUCAAGAAGAUUGCCUGCAAAAUACAGAGUGCCAAAAUCUUUAUCAGGUUGAAGAAUACUUCGGGCUAGUAAACCAUUCUGUAUUGCCAUCCUUAGCUGCGUCAGCUCUAGUUUAUCCAUUCCAUUACUUCUUUGUAAAUAUAAGAAAUUAUUCUGCUGUGAUCUCCUUGUAUAUUAUGAGAGUUCUUUUAGGAACAAUUAUGUUCCUCUCAAUGAGAUUCUUGAAGGUGACUCUAGUUAAAUCUCUAAAGAGUACAACUAUUGCAGAAUGAUUCAGCAUGCUAUAUCUAGUGCAAUUUAACACCCUUUCUUAUAACUCAAGGCCAAUUCCUGGAACUAUAGCCUUGGUGCUGGCUAACUUUGCUGUUGCAUAUUGGAUGAGAAGACAAUGGGCUCCAACAAUUUCUUUAUUAAUGGUUUCAGCAAUAGUGUUCCAGAAGGAAAUUGCCAUUCUCCUUCUAGCUCUGAUAAUAGUCGACUUAUUUAGAUUCAAGCUUCCUUUAGUAAAGGUAGCUAUUUGGGGUGCACUCACUGUAGCAGUGACGAUCUCCAUUAAUUGAGCUGUUGAAUACUAUUUGUUUGAUACUUUGAGAUUCCAAAAUCUAAAUAUUUUAGGUUUGAUUAAUAUUCAAGAGGAAAAUCAUGAUUCCCAGUUUCUUCCGUGGUAUUGGUAUUUCUUAUACGAGAUCCCUAAAACUGUUACAAUUGCAUUUCUAAUCACCAUAGUGUCCACAAUGAUUAAAUCAAAAAGGGGGAUUGUUAAUAAAAAAGUUCUUAAAAUAAUAUGUCCUGCUUUCUUAUUCAUCUGUAUUUUAUCAAUUCUGCCAAUCAAAAAUGUGACUUAUGCUCUUCCUGCAUUCACUCUAUUCAAUAUUUCUGGAGCAAUAGGGCUCUCAAAGCUGAUGUCAAAUAAUUCAAAGAACAAGAUUUUAGUUACAGCUAUCUUUAUCUUUAUCGUAAUUGGUCUGUGAGGAUCAACUGCCUAUUCGAGCGUACAGAUUUAUAUAGAGAACAAUAAAUAUCCUGACGCGUAUGCUUUGAGAGAAUUCAAUAGAGAAUAUCUAAUGCUGCAAUAUAAUUCAAAUUCAACUAAAAUAAGAGCACCUCCAAAUAUUCAUAUUGAUAAAACUGCUUCAGAGACUGGAAUAAACAGUUUCCUGUAUGCAAACUUAGCUAAAGAAUGGAAGUAUAACACUACUAAUCCUCUUUCAGAUGAAGCAAAGCUUGAGUUCACACAUUUAUUUACUUCUUUAAGAAAAGUAGCAGGGUUUAAGCUACAAGAGAAAUUUGAAAUCUUCUCUGAGAUUGAUUUUUCAUCCCAAUCAGUUCUAUUAAAGCCAAGGUAA